CGGACUCUUUUGCUUUCCGUACAACCUGACGGUUGUCAUGGAAACGUUUUGUUGAGCUCUUGUCCGACAUGACUCGGGUACGAGCACAGAACGCCAACUGGUCUAACUUUCAGUGAUGGCCUCCUCCCAGCGUGACGUCAUCGACUUUUCCGCCCUGGAAAAAGAGUUGCGGACGAGCGUGGAGUCCGAACACAAAUACAAACGGGAGAACGACGCGAAGCUGAGAGCCGUCAGUCAGGGCGUGUCCUCCUACCAGCAGUUCAGAGACAUGGUUCUCACCUGUCACCUGAAACCGCUGGACCAUGACGACAAGAACGCUCCACGCAAACAACCAUGGAACCCUCUGGUUGGCCCCGACAUCAAGCACGCCGUGACCCCUGACCCUGAUUACACACGUGACUCCUGAUUCUUCACAGUGUGAUGGUAUCGAUAUCAGAUAUCAGUCCGAUAUCAUGAAAAAAACAAGUAUGUGAUGAUAUCAGCUUGCAUGUAAAAUGUGUGAUAGCAUGUCUAAUACAAGCAGUCAUGCAGCGUUUUUACUAGUGCGCGAUAUAAUGUGCGAUACAAGCAGUCCUGCAGUGUUUACUUGUGUGUGAUAUCAUGGAACAUUUGUCAAAAUAAACAAGUGUCAAAUAAU